GCCGACGCUCAUUUCCAGCCACCGGAGCCCGGGGUUUGUCACUCGCCCGAGUUUCCCCUCCUGUGCGAGCCGGCCGCCAGCAUCAUGCGGGACGUGGUGGUGCUCCUCGUGGUGAUCGUGUUGGUGUCAUGGUGCUCCGCCGCUCCAGACUACAAUUACGACGACGACGACGAGACGACGCAGGAACCGGACGUGUGCGGCAGCUGCCACGUGAACGCCACGUGCAUGACCAAGGACGAGGCCCUCAAGUGCGUCUGCAACAAGGGCCUCUCCGGGAACGGGAAGAGCGCCUGCAGAGACAACGACGAGUGCCGGCUUGACGUGGAGAUGCUGUGCGGCACGGGCACCAGCUGCUUCAACACCUUCGGCAGCUUCUACUGCCGCUGCGCCGCGGGCUACCUCUCGUCCAGCGGCAAGCGUGACUUCGAGCCCAACGACGGAACGACGUGCGCAGAUGUGGACGAGUGCGCUGGGGGAAUCACGGCGUGCGGAGCCGGAGCCUCGUGCGAGAACCGGCCAGGGGCCUUUGCGUGCCGCUGCCUGGACGGAUACGUGGCCACCAACGGCACGGAGCCCUUCCAGCCCGGGCGGGACGGAACGUUCUGCGUCCGCGUGGCUACGUUGCAGCCUCCAACCACAAGGCCUCCAUCGACAAGGCCUCCAACCAUGAGGCCUCCAACCACAAGGCCUCCAACCAUGAGGCCUCCAACCACAAGGCCUCCAACCACAAGGCCUCCAACCACAAGGCCUCCAUCAACAAUGCCUCCAUCAACAAUGCCUCCAUCAACAAUGCCUCCAACCACAAUGCCUCAAACCACAAGGCCUCAAACCACAAGGCCUCCAUCAACAAGGCCUCAAACCACAAGGCCUCCAACAAUGAGGCCUCCAACCACAAGGCCUCCAACCACAAGGCCUCCAACCACAAUGCCUCAAACCACAAGGCCUCCAUCAACAAGGCCUCAAACCACGAGGCCUCCAACCACGAGGCCUCCAACAACCAGACCAUCAAUCUUCCCGCCACGACCCGCCACACAAGCGACCACCAAGCCUUCCUUGAGUCCGACAGACAAAGAGGCGGCGAUAGUGGACGCGUCACUCACAGACCUGGACUGCAACGCGCCCCCCGAGCUGAACGGGACGCGCGUGAAGCAAGUGGGCAAGGGACCUGGUGCCAUCGCUCACUACAGAUGCAUCGAUGAACCGGAGGCGCAGGCCGGCCAGUGGAGCCUCGUGUGCAGCACAAAUGGGACCUGGCAAGGACAGCAGUUCUUGUGCUCAGGUGCGCGGAAAUCACCGAGCGGCGCCAAAGUGGCCGGCGUCUUGGCGCUCGUCGUUGCCGCUGCUGCGUCGGCCGUAGCCGGGCUCGUGUUCCUCAAGAAAAGUUAUGCGCACAAGUGUGCACGCGUGCAUGCUGCAUGUGACAUCCCGUGGCAUGCGUAAGACAAACACCGAAACACUUCACGGGAACACUAAAGCGUCGUGUUUCUUCUCGCGGAGGGAACUUCGCGGCGCCUCAGUCCGGCUCUUUGAGCACCGGCAUGCCCAGCGAAUCCGUACCGCAUGAACGGAGGCAACGAUGUCCAUCACGGACAGCCCACGCCGAGUGCUCUCACAGCACAAAGCUUGCACAGCAGCAGCAGCUCGGACGCUGACGCGGGUUAAUGAACCCAGCCUGUCUGUACGUAGCGACUAACCCGGCUUUAACUCGGACCAUCGAAGAGGGUCCAACUAACCUCGACUAACUGGGCGGGCGACGACUGAGCUCAACGAGAAACUUCGUUUUGACAAAAGCCGACGGACGAAUGACCGUGGGGGCUGCCUCGAUAACGCGACGCUGGGAUGUAUCGCACGCACGCGCGUGCGUUGAACUUCUUUCGCGCCGUACGUAGCCGACCGUGCUAAUCGGAGGUGCCGUGCCGUCCGUUCGCCAAUUAAUCCUCGUGCCGUGAUAGGCGCAGCGCGAACUUUUUUUCGCCGGUCAAAUUUUCCCGACUCGUCGUCGAUUAUUUUGGGCUCGGCCUUUGCCGUCCAGUUACCCUUCACCGCUCGACGCGCGAGCCAAAUGAACGUCCCGGCGACGUCGUUGUCCCGACGCUGAGUUUGACGCAGGUUUGGAACCGUCGCUCGAUUCGCGCUCUCCAUUUGGUCGUGAGAAAUUUCUUCUUCGACUUCACCGGCGAGCCGAAAUCGUCAACCGAUCGGCGGCGUUGUGAAACGCUCGCACACCUGACGCGCAUCAUCAGGCUGGUUUUAGUUUCGCCCAGGCGAGAACUCGGGAGACGGGGGGCGGAUCUCAAGACGGGGAGGAGGAGGGUUCGAUUGUCUGGUUGUGUUGGGCGGCGGAUGCCCUCGAUGGCACGUGUCUUGGGCUGGGCCGUUGCGUGGCCAAACCCAAAAUAUUAAUCAGGAAUCGUCAUUAAAUACUUAACUUUUUAACCGUAAUUAAAAAAAGAGUACGCCAAUUAAACAUCUAAUAAGUAUCCAUUGAAUGAGCGCUUUGUUUCCUGGAUACAUUUACGGCGCGGUGGUUGCACGACGUUUUCUGACGGCACGCGCGUUACGAAGCUGCAAUUAUUAAAAUACUCACGGCGGGGUUAUUUGGGGGUAAACUCCAGUCGGAGAACUCUCAACCGUAAAUCAGGGGACAAAAAACAAGACGAUAAGUGAUAUUCCCUGACGGAGUUAAGGGAAACAGACGUAGCGACGACUCUCACGUCCAGAAAUGUCUCGGCCGCCGCCGGCCCGAUCUCGACAAAAACCGACAUCGUGGCAACCCCCAACGCUCAGCUUGACCACAACAACCCAGCCGCACUUCCGACACUGACCCAACACCAUCGCCAAACUAAACCCACCCAGCUAAACUCAUCGAAUAACCCGGACUAAACCCACCCCCCGCCAACUAACACCGGCCACGAGCGAUCCUGCUCACCGCUCCGCACCUAUUGUGUGUGCCCGUGCGUGCCCGUGCGUGCCCGUGCGAGCCAGGAGAUGUCCUGAAGGCAACAGGUACGACGUAGAGUCGUCGCGAAAGCUCGCUUUCCCCAGCGGCACCGCCGCCGCCGUCGCCGCCGCCUCGUCGAGCCGGGUCUGGAAAGCGCCGUCGU